UAAUGUGGCAACUCUUAAUAAACACACCGAAUAAUACCAACUAUAAAUUAUAAUACAAAUGCAAGGAAAAUUGCAAAUAAAAAACAGUGCCACAACAUUAAUAUAUUUUAAUAAAAAGUGAUAGCUUAUACCAUCUUUGAAUUAACAAACACAUAACAAUUUAAUAUUAGCUCGAAAACGUCACAACAAUGAUGCAGAAGAGUAACAAAGUGAAUGUAUUGGAAGCAGACGAUGCUUCUGGUACUGUAUACAAAUUUCCCGGUGGCGAUCAAACUCGUAGCACCCAUCGACAAAAUGGUAACAAAUCAGCUGGUAGCUCUAGGAUAAGAAAAGGAUUGGCGCGACGGAAGAAACGACGUUCAGAAAGCGUUGAAGAGGAUGUGGCUGAGGAACAACACACAUUAAACAAUAAAAAAUUAUGUUUAAUUUGUGGAAAUAGUCAAGAAAUAGUAGAUUUAUCAGCUAAUCCGAUAAUGAAGAAGACAAUGGCCUCCUACUGUGAAGACGAUAGUGUGAAUUUGGAUGAUUGUUUAUCAUCACUCUGCAUCACUUGCGUAUUUAAAUCGAGAGCUGUACGAGAAGUACAGAACAAUAUCAAAGUGCGCUUGCAAAGCCUUGGAAAUGGGCAAAUUUUAAAAACGUCCCCCUGUCCUACCAAAAAAGAAGUGAAUUACGAUAGAGAAGAAUAUAACGGAGAUAUUGAUAUAGCAGCAAAUACGCUUAGAAAGGAAAGACAAAACCGUCUAAUUAAAACACGUACUAAUGGUGUACGUGAAUUUAUGCAAUCGUCUCCAGAGCCAAAAAGAACAAGUGAUACGAGUUCACGCCUGCCUACUGCUACACUUACGGCGUCCGUUGAAUCAACUGAAACAAAUAAUGCAACUUUUAAUCAUCUUCAAUACACAUCACUCAGUAAAUGCAUAGGUAUAAAUACUGUGCUCGAUAACUCAAUAGGCGAAGCAGACAAUAAAAAUGCACUACAAUUUACAGAAUAUAGAUUGACCGAAAUAACAGAUACGAAAUCAAUUCAACAACUGGAAGCGAAGAGAUCGGAAGUAAAUCCCACCGUACACAGUUCGCUCUUAUCCACAGAAAGAAUAGAAUUAUUGUCAUUAACAAAUGUGCCUGAAUUGCCAUCAUCGUGUUCAAAUUCAACCCAUUCACAUAUCGGUAUGAAUCAAUCAAUGUUACAGGUUAUACGUGAACGUUCUGAAUCAGUUUUAAUAACAGAAUCAGGUGGGAAAAUCAACAACUAUAAAAGUUCUUCACGUGCACAGCCACAAAGAGUUUGUCGAUAUUGUGGUAAUAAUUAUGUACGAAAAGAUCACUAUAAUAAACAUAUACGACGCUGUCGCAAUCAAUAUUCCCGGAGUUUACCAUCAUUGAGUGCCAAUGUUACGAAUAAUCUGGAGACAUCAGUGCCAAGUGCAAGUGCCAAACGCAGUCGAGUGAAUGGUGUAACCAAAUGUGCAAGCCCCACAACUGUUGAACCCUCGAAGCGCACGCGUCAGUUUCAUUGCACCGAAUGUCAAGCAACAAUGGAUAGUGUCACACUUUUGCGAGAGCACCGUGCAACGCAUCUGCGCGAAUACAAAUGCGAUAUGUGCUAUAAAAAAUUUAACACUUUGUAUGAACACGAUUUUCAUCGCAUUGUUUGUUUGGCCGAAAAAGAAGCUUGCCAAGAGCAAAAACUUGUUGGUGAGCACGGAGUAGAUACAGUGAAUGAUGACAAGAAAUCGGUGGUUAGGUCCGAACGUUCAGCCGCAAAAUCUACAAUUAGUCGUCGCGUGACACGUGCUCAAAGUCGAGUGCGAACCGAUGUCGUGGAAAAACCCACAGUAAGACGUCGUCUAACUGUUUUAACCAGCGUCUCACAAUAUGUGCACGAACACAGCAAUAGUGAAGAUAGUGAUAUGGAUGAUGAGGACGAUGAAGUUUCAGUUGCGGAUUCGAUGGAUUCGAGGCGUAGAGUAUACACUGGUGAUUGGCUAGAUAGACGGAAUGAUAGUGAGGUUUACGAACUGCCCGAUAUACAAAUUGAUAGUCGAAAAGAAUAUGAUCUUUACCUAUUGGAAAGACUGAAGGCGCAGAUCAAAGCACAAGAGUUUACAUGCUUAGCCGACGACUGUGAUUUCUUCACUGACACGCUAUUGAAUUUAAUGUUGCACGAUUAUGUACAUCAUUUUAAAAGCUCAUGGUUCUACUGUCCAAAAUGUGGCAGCGUCUUCACAAGCAAAGUGUUUUUGGAUUACCACUUGGACCGCCAGAAUGGAGGCAGAUUCAUUUGUUACAAGUGCAAUGAACAAUUUAUGUUUCAACAUCAGUUGGAUUUACAUCUAAUAUACCACUCAAAACAGUUGAAUCAUAUGUGUGAUAAAUGUAAAUGUGAAUUUCUAACGGAAGAGAAAUUGUUUCAGCAUAUGAAGCUGGAACACAGUAAUGAAACCGAAAAACAUGUAAUACGUAUACAAAGUAAGGCUACAUUCGCAUCAACGCGGCCGAACAACGAAAUCGAGUCCUUGAAUGGUGGACAACGUAAAAAGUACACCGUUAAAAUACUCAAUAUGCGGCUACCGUAUAUGCCUUCAAAACGUCCGUUAGAAUUACCGGGUCAUAAGCCAUACCGCCGUCGUAUUGGUGUUAUAGAAUUCGAAAAUGAGCGUAAUCCAAACUGUUGUAGUUGUAAAUAGUGCCGACACGCGUGGGAGCAAUGUUCAAUUGUUUUGCGUUUCUCCUGUGAUAUGUCAAUGGGAAAUCGACAAAACACGCGAGUACAUAAAAUAAACCAAAUAAAUUACGGUACAAAGAGUUUUCGUUGCACAACUAUUGUGUAACUUUCCUUUAUUUUCUUUCUGAACUUAUUUAUUAACAUAUUUGAAAUAAUUUCGCAGUAAUGUUUGCUAAAGUCAAUUUCAAAUUGAAUAUUGUUAUUUAUGUUAUUAAAGCAUAUAGUUAAAUUAUAAUUUUGUGCAAAUUCUUUUGGACUUGAAUUUCAGUGGUUUUAAAUCAAUUUAGCAAAUUUUUGUACAUUAAACAUAUUGACAGCGCGUGUGGUGUCAAUUCAACUUUACCACCAAAUUACUUAAUUUAUUGUGAAAAAUACUUCGACUUAUUUUAACUGAACUGUCGCAUGUGGUUAUUGGACCAAUAAGAGUUGAGAUCGAGUUCAAUAAGUCUGAAAUGUGCAACCUUAAUUUUCAAAGGUUACAUAUAUGUAAGUGUAUGUUUUCAAAUAAUUGUAGUUAAAUAAAGUUAGAGAUUAGUGUAUUUUAUGAAUAUGUAUAUAUAUAUAUACCAUCACUUAAUGUAGAAAAUUGAAAAAUUUAAACAAAUCCAGCUGUUAAUGUAAACCAAUAUUUUGUACUAUGUUGUAGUUGUUGUGUUCAUACUAUUUGCGAGAUUCGUGCAACCAGUGUCAUUAAAAGUAAAGAAAAAUAACUACGCUUUUCAUUAAAUAUAAUGAAAUUAUGAAUUUUAUAUUUAGGUUAUUUAAAAAAAGUGUGUAUAAUAAAUAUAUAUGUGAAUUAAAUCCUUCCUUCUAGUCUAUAUAAUUUUGUACUGUGAAGCGGUAAAAUUUAAUUACUUAUUACAAACGCUAACUAAUAUUAACACUUGAUCCCAGUAACUAUAAUUAACCAGACAGGGAAAUAUGAUAUGAUAUAUGAUGAGAUUACUACUGGAAAGUUAUAAUAUAUGGGCUCAAACGUCUUUGAUGGGUUUCAGAUCCGGCAGAUGCGUGCUUUUUCUGUACAAAUUGUUAAACGAUAUGACCUAUGCAUGCAUUUUAUGGUUCCCCAAUAAGCGAGCUACAUUAUUUGUGGAAAUAGAGUUACUACAAAACUCAGCGAACCAGUUUUUGACCUUUGGGGCAGAUUUGCCGUAAGGCUUAACAAACUAUUGGUUUGUGAAAGUGGAAUUUUUAUUAUCAGGGAAAAAAAUAAUAAAUUCGAAUUUUAAACAUAAUUAGUAGCUUCACCUUCAGAUCAAAUAUUGGAGUACAAAAUGUCACGAACCACUGAUAAUAUAUUCUAUAUACUGGCGCGUUAUAUACGUUCACAAAAUUGUAAAAACACUUUGAAUUUAUACAAAAUUUAAGCACGAAUUGAUGAAAAUCACUUUUCUCGCACAGUUGCACCCUGUUGCAAAUGUGCGAUUUUCUUACAUCUGGCAAUAUUGUGGUCGAACGCCAUAUUGAUGGUUUCCGUAAUUUCUCUACAAGAAUUUUCCGCAUUCUCAUUUUUUCACCGCCGGUGUUAGACGCAAAUUGAGUGUUUUUAAUAGAAGUGGGAAUUUAGCUCAUUGAAAAAAAGAAAUUUAUUAAGUAAAAUGGGCGUGCAAGUAGUACCAAUUUCUCCCGGUGAUG